UCCAUUUUAUGAAACCGGAAAAAUGGCGGUCCAGGUGGACCUGGUGGAGUUCGUGGUUCCUGUGGAGAACAAUAAGACGGUGUUUGUGUGGAACAUCGAGCCGUCUCAGACUCACGCUGACGUUUAUCGCAGCCUGCACGCCGUGUUCUCGUCCUUCGGUCCGCUCUACCUGCUGAAGGUGUUUCCUCUGAGUCCUGCCGGUUUUUACGGUUUGGUGAAGUUCUACUCGGCCGCUCACGCCGCCGCCGCUCAGCGACGCACUGACGGACGCUCGCUGUUCCAGAGCUCUCCACUCAAGGUGAGGCUGAGCUCCAAACAGACACCUCACUUCCUGUCUGACGGCAGACCGCUGAGCCAUGCCCGCUGCCUGGAACUGGCCAAUCACUGCCUGGGAUUCAACGGCUGGACCUCUGACAUCAUCACAAUGAAGGAGCUCACCAACGAAGAAGAGGAGGAGGAUGGCGAGGUCAGACGGAGGCUCAGGUUCGGCUGUCUGCUGCAGCUCAGCUUCCCUCGUCACGGUCAGAACACCCGAGGAGCCGCCGCCGCCGAACACUGCUUCACCUGCACAGGUCCAGACGUUCUGAUUCAGCAGCGACGUCGACUUCAGAGACUCGUCACACAAAAAGCUCUGAUCCACGCGUUCUCCUCAGUCCUGCUCAUACUGCUGGCUGACGGUAAAGUGAUGGUGGAACUGAAACAGACCUCAGAUCAGUUUAUACCUGAACACACUGAAGGAGUCCUGCAGGUAAACGAGGUGAACUGGACCGACUGCCCUGAUGAAGAUGAUGAUGAUGAUGAAGAGUGGGAUCUCACGGUGUCUUAG